GGCACGUUCCGUCGCGCGAAGCACUGAUUGCUCAUUUGGAACCAUUCUCUGGCCCGGCAAUGGCGGCAGAAGAACAGAGGAAGAACACCCUUGCGGGUUCCUUCUCGAUGCCCUUGGGGGAACCCGACGUGGUGGUCUGCAUCAAAGGCAGUGAGUUCCUGGCACACAAGGAGAUCCUCAUGGCAUCCAGCCCAUACCUCAAAGAUAUCCUUCAGGAAAUAGGCACUGAGCAAAAGAUCAAAGUGGAAUUGGAAGGCGUUUCGCCAUCUGCUUUUGAGGCCUUGCGGAGCUACAUGUACAUGGGGAACAUCCGGAUCACGUGCCAGAAUGUGACUGACGUCUACCGCUGCGCGUACAAGUUGCGGAUUCGUACCCUGAUCUCCAAAUGCCUCCAGUACCUAGCAGAGUCUGGUGAGGUGGGACGCCACGUUGUGCUGUACGUGAACGCUCUAAAAGUGGGUAUGAAGGACGAAGAGAAGGUGGCCUUCCAGUUCCUCAUCGAGCAUUUUGACAGCGUCAUGCGCUGCAGGGAAUUCCUGGACCUCAACCCUGACGAACUAUGUUCUCUGCUGAAGUCUGACGUUCUAGGCACCAGCAACGAGAUUAACGUAUUCAUCGCCGCAUUGGCAUGGUUGGAGCAUGACUACAUGAAACGGCGAAUGCAGGAAGAACACAUCAUGGAAUGCGUGCGCUUCCCGCUGAUGGACGAUCCCACCUUGAUGAAGUGUUUCAAGCCCCCGAUCUGUCCAGACGCAUGCGUCAAUGCUAGUGUCAAGAUCAAACUCGUCAAGGCCCUCUUCACACACUUGGCUAUAUCACGUGAUCGAGACGAUCUCGUACAGGAGUAUAGAGCGAAGCCCAGAACAUACCUCGCCGAAGGACCGUGUAUUUGUUGGGACAAAGAUGGUGUCGUGAAGCAUUUCGAGAAAUGCUCCUACACACGUGGUAACCAGAUCCUUCGCCACGAGGCUGCGACCACCAUUCAAGAUGCUUAUAGGAGGUAUCGCGGAUGGCGCCUCAAGUCCACCUUACCAAAACCUGAGCCAGGUGCAGACGUAGUUGAGCCCGGAGCAUAUGCUGAGUUCGUUCCUUCAUGGGUCGACUCGAGUGAGUCUCUCACUGCGAAAGUUCAGCGAGAUGCUUCCCAGGAUAUGCCCAUCAACACAGAGGUCUACGAGGCGGUCAUAGGAAAAGUAAUAAUCGCUCAAUCGUUUGUUCGGAGGUUUCUUGCACGCCGAUAUUAUAACCAACUGCAUGCAAAAGUGAAGCCGUCAGUUCCCCUGGAGAAUGUUCUGGAUGAAGACGACCCAUAUCAGCAUUUCCUGGUCCGUCAUCCAGGCUCCCGUACUGUGCCCGCUUCUGAUUGGGCCGCCUAUCCAGCUAUGACGCUGCCGAAGUUCGAGGGUGACAUCCAAGAUGCAGAUAAUUCCGUCGUGCUCAUUCUCGGUGGUGUAGAGCCCGCUAAGUCUUAUGAAAUGGGCACUGGCUGCACAAUCCUGCGCUUCAACCCGAAGAACAACGAACUGACUCGAUGCGGGAGGCUUCCCCAGCCGCGUCACAACCACACGGCAGCGUUCCUAAAUGGUUACGUUUACAUAAUUGGGGGCUUCGACACACGAAAUACGCACAGCGCCAUCAAGUACGCGACCAAGACCUGCUUUAGGCUUAACCUACUCACAAAACAGUGGGAGCGCAUCGCCGACAUGCACCACGCUCGCUGCAACCACGCCACAGUGGCCUACAAUCACAAAGUGUGCGUCGUUGCUGGGCAAGACGAGUUUGAUCGGUUCCUGUCAUCGGUAGAAAUGUACGACCCUUUCCAAGACAUCUGGAUUGAGUCUCCAGUAUCGUUAUGCUGCAAGAUGUCUGCCUGUGGCGCCACUGUGUUCGGAGGGGCGCUCCACAUUGCCGGAGGCGUUGUGCAGUCUCGGAAGCGAACAGAUAAAGUGUUUCUUGUGUCAUCCGUUGAGAAGUGGGACUCCACAUUUCAGCGGUGGCUGAAGGAAGCGACGCAGCUACCCACCGGACGGAGCUCCAUGUCGUUCGUGGCCUUCCAGGAGCAUUUAUAUGCAAUUGGGGGUCUAACCAAGGGCACUGACGACGUCCAGCUAGAAGUUACGCCUGAGGUUCUCUGCUACAACCGCAAAAAGAACGCAUGGGAGACACCCGCGCCGCUGCCCGUGCCUCUCCACGGAGCAGGAGUGGUCAGCGUUGAUGAGAGCAUGCUGCUUUUUGGUGGCCUGAAGAACGUCAAUCAGACAGACGCCAGCAAAGACAUUAUAGCGUACGACCACCGCCAAGACGUCUGGAAGAAGGUGGCUCAGUUGCCCUGUGGUCUGUCCGGCUUCGCGCUGGCAGUGCUACCGCCAACAGUACCUCAUGAUCGCCCAUCAUAAUUCAGGCUGUGAUUAAAGUGCUCGUAACAUUA